AUGGCUUCAGAAGCAGGCUCUUCGCAGCCGCCGCCCGAGGCUCCUGACAAGCAACAGCCCGGAAAGCCAGCCGCCAGCGGCUUCAGUGCCUUUGUGAACAAAAGCGGUGCCGGCCGCGCCUUCAAACCCAAAGCCCCUGCACGUCGGCGCCCAGGUCCGGCUCAAGCUACUCGACCUCCGCCUGAGAAGUCGCCCGCACCAGCUGCUCCGCAAGCUGAACAGACGCAGAUACAGCCGCCGACAGCACCCCUCCAAGAGCCGCCGACAGCACCGCAGCCAGCACCGCAGCUAGCUCUGCCCACGCCAGCUGCCACCCAAGAGCCUGCCCUGACGGCACACCCACCUCCCUCUUCCCCCAAUGUCCAAUCGAUCUUGUCCUCGCAAAAUGUGCCGGAAACACCAGCUGCAGUUGAAACUUCCUCUGAACAAACGGCUAAAAGCACUACAACAGUACCUCCUCUCGUCCCAACGCCUGUCCAGGUUGCCAUAGCACCUAGCGCACUAGGUACAGCUCCCUCUGAGACGCCCGCGGAAACCUCUGCAAGUGCCCUGGCCGCGAAAGACACAAACACACAGGCAACUUCAUCCGAGACACCUGCGGCAAUAUCUCCAAGUGUCGCUGGCACAAACGGCACAAGACAACCAACCGAUGCAACGCCUUCCAACAGUCAGGCUCAACCGAAGAGGAGGAAAAGGGUACUCCCAUGGCUUGCUGUAAACCGACAGCACGCCUAUGCUGAUGAGGAGGAAGCCAUAAGACCAAGCGCAAGCACACGUCCACCAGUGAAGUCUCGAUCAAAGCGUAAGACUGGACCUGGUCCUGUUCCUACAGCUGAGAAUGAACCGGAGGGUGAGGAGAGCCGUACGAGAUCGAAACCCCUCAGCGAGAGAGCGAAAGGCAAGAGGAAGGCUACCGACGCGACUCCAGAGGGUGAGGCAUUUGAACCCAUAGCAAAGAAACCACGCAAAGUAAGGAAAGACAAAGGCAUCAAAAGGAAAAAUGCAGAUGCACUAGGCGGAGGAACCGAGGAAGAAGUCCCUGCCGACUACGAUGAGGCUCAGCCGAGUCAGCAGAGGGCAUCGAUAAGAAAGAAAUGGGCGCCACGACAAGCCGAGAAUGUAUCUGAAGACACGCAAGAACAAGCAUCCGGCGCAGAAAAUGAUGGGGAACCUCCACGUAGGAAGAGGAAACCACGCAAGCCGCGAGAACGAGCUCGAACCCCGUCUGACGCCGAAGACCGAGAAAUCGAGCCCGAAGACACUUUUAUGGAUGAUCUCGCAUCCCAUAAUAUCAAGGUUGGAAAGCUGUCUGAGCGCGAAAAGAAAAUGCGUACGAUUAAUUGGAAGGAAGUAGCUCAGCGUCGUCGAGAUGAAGAAGAGAGGGCCCUUAUGAUGAGGAGCCGGAAUACAGGGACCAGAAACGAAGCAUUGGAUGGAGAAACAGAGGCGGAGCAGAACGGGGGACUUCAAAUGCAUGUGAUCAACGGUGAGAUUCGGUUCGUCCAAGGUUCUGGGGUCAUCGAUAGGGAUGGCGAUGCCGAACGGGAGAGAGAGGGCUACGAGGUAGUCGAAGACGAUGACUUAACUAGGAGAGUCAACAAUCGGAGCUGGAUGUUCAACAACAAACGUUUCCCUGAGGACUACGUGGGGAUUGCGCAGGGUAAGCCGAUGCGCUGGUCUGCGGAGGCUACGGAACAAUUUUACGAGGGCCUGAGGAUAUGUGGCACGGAUUUCAAGAUGAUCAGCACUAUGUUCCCCGGUUCCACGCGUCGAUCUAUUAAAACGAAGUUCACCCGCGAAGAGCGCGAGAAUCCGGAAUUUGUUAAAGCUGCGCUUCGUCGCGAAGGCGAUCCUGAAUAUGAUCGAAACGAGGAAUGGAGGAAAUAUCUCGAGAGAACCGGUCAGACGGACGACGCUUUCGUGGAUGUCGAUGCUGUCUACCGCGAGCUUGAGGAAGAGAGGAAGACUAUGCAAGUCGAGAUUGAUGCAGCCAAGGCCAGGUUUGACGAGGAGAAGAGACAGAGGAGGUUAGCGGGUGCGGAACUUAGUGAGGAUGAGGCGGUUGAUGGAUCGGCGAAGGAGAAUUCACGAAAGAAAAAGAGAAAGGGGAAGCAGCCCGUCGUGUUUGAAGAGGAGGAGGGUGUGGAAAUUUUAGGACUGAUUGAUGACUAGCGGAGUUGUGGCUCUUCUCGGGUCCGGCUUGUGAGCAUGGUUGGAGCCGAUUGCAUUUGGGACAAUGGGAAGUUACAGCUAAGGCCUAUUUGUGGUCCAAACCCAUUUUCGGCGUUUGCUUCAGAAAUUCUUGAUACCCAUAUGGAUAUACAUGGAAAUAGAUUGUCG